CAGGCCGUCGAUCUUGGUCGCCGUGCUGGUGGCGUUGGCCGUGAGGAGGUCGGCGGCGAUGACGGAGUAGGUGCCGUAGUUCGUGCCGGCGUUGGCGCUCCGGCCAAUCGGAGCCGAGCGCCUCCAGACAGAACUGGACGUCGAAGACCGUGCUGCCACUGCCGACCGUCUUGCAGAGGGGGAGUGUGCUUGGGACUUCGGAUUCGGAGGUUACCACCUCGGUCGGCUCGGCCUCGGCGUGAGCGCCGGCAAAGAAGAGAGCGGCGUAGAGCAAGAUGGCACUCGCACUGCUCAAGCAGGAGGCGUCUGCCAUGGCCAUUUUCGUGGCGGAUUCCUUUUCUACUUGGCAAGGGUCAUGGACCGCGUGACAAAUUAUGCCAUGCAAGGAUGCAGCAACAAUGACGAGAGAGAGGAGGUUGAAGCUGCUGCCAAUGCUGCCGGCAGCAUUGGAUGGGAUCCUUCCAUCCAUACGGAAUGCCGCCACCAGUACCUCCUUAUUUUUACCCUGCUCCACCAACCAUGCCGGCUCCAGCAGGACCCCCAAUGCAGCAGGUCAGUGAAGGUCCAAGGGUCCGAGGGGGCGACCCCGAUGCUAGGAAAAGUGGUCCGAAGGUCAAGCUUCCCAAUUUCAAUCCCGAAGAAGGCGUAAACCUGACAAAGUGGUGGCUAAACAUAAGUACUGACCCGGUUGUCAAUACCGGGCAGCGGAAAGAAGGGUUUUGGUUACGGAUCAUGAAAGGCUACAACUCAUCUCGAGGGGUUUACCCGGAGAGAUCUCAGAAGUCGCUCACGACUCGUUGGGACUACAUCAAAGAGUGCUGCACCAAGUUUUCCGAGUUUUACAGUAGCGUUCUGCGUUUGAAUCCCAGCGGCAUGUCGAACGCGGACAAGACGACGGAGGCAAUGGCUCGGUAUGCUGCGGCAUUGCAGAAGCCUUUCACCCAGAUGCACUCCUGGAAGUCAUUGAAGGAUGAGCCAAAGUGGGAGGCGUGCAUUGGGGCUCACUCCAAGGUACUUGUGCUCGACGACGACUCCUCCGAUGCAGCAGCUGGUGGUGCCAACGGAGUGGGCGGUCCAGCCGAGUCUGAUGCCCCGGCCUCCAGCGGGAGCAAGAGGCCGAUUGGGAGGGAUGCCACUAAAGCAACGAGGAAAAAGGCCGCCACAUCGUCGUCCUCGUCGGAAUACAUUUCACAAAUGAAUGAUAUGUGGGGCAACAAGCUGUCAUUAAUAAAGGAGAGUCAUGCUGAGAUGGCCAGCCACCACACCACGAUGGCUGUGCUGCAGGAGAAGAAGAUCACUACGGACAGGGAGCUGCAGGAGAAGAAGAUGUCUACGGAAAGGGAGCUGGAGGAACGUCGUCUGGCGCUUGAGGAGAGGCGGCUGGAGAUGGAGAUGAAUGACAGGGAGAGUCGGAUGGAGAUGGAGCGGUCUCGGGCCGCCAAGGAAGAACGCGCGGAAGAGGAACGUAUUCUUAGUAUAGAUCUCGACAGGUGCUCGCCAGCGCUACGACUGUUCUACAAGCAACAGCAGGAGUAGAUCCUUGCAAAGUACUCGUUGCCUCCUCCCUGACUGGUAUCGGCCUUACCAAC